AAAAAUCAGCUAAAUUAGUUUAAGCAUGAAGCUUGUACUUAGUGCUUGCAGAUCACUCGGUUUAGUGCUCACGACCAUUCUACCAUUCCUGAGCCCAGUGUGACACAGUGAGUGGUUCUGCCUCUGCAGGGUUCUUCCAGCCUUCCAAAGGAACUAAGUUCUCACCAUUCUCCCAAAAGCUAUAGAAUGAGCACCUCUGAGACUGAAGAGAAAAUGUAUUGUUCCAGGUCUCGGUGUCAUUCAAGGAUGUGACUGUGGAGUUCAGCCAGGAUGAGUGGCGGUACCUCGGUCCUGCUCAGAGGAUGCUGUACAGAGAAGUGAUGCUGGAAAACUACAGCCACCUCAUUUCCAUGGGAUAUUGCCUUAUAAAACCAGAAGUGAUCUUCAACCUGGAACAUGGAAGAGACCCAUGGUUAUCGGAAGAUGAAUUUCUAAACAGGAGUUGUCCAGGUAUUCAUGUGGAAAAGAGCCACCCUGAAUUUAAAAAAGAAUGUAAUAAAAUUGGGGGCAAUUUCAGUGAAGUUACUGAACUUCAGAGAAUUGAAACAGGAAGUGAAACUUUUAAUCAAGACAUACAUUUUCAGCAGUUCCCAAGAACUCACACCGGAGUGAAAUCUCUUGAGGGUGGAAACACCCUGUACCACUGUUUAGCCAUGACCAUACAAAAGACAACUCACAUACUAAAGCCAUCUUCUGAUCAAGAUGUCUCCUCUAGGGAAACUUUCCUUUCUCAGUCAGCCUUUACUGUGCAUCAGAGAACUCACAAAAGAAGAAAAUAUUAUAAAUGUAGUGAAUGUCAAAAAGCCUUCACUAGAAAGUCAUGCCUUAGUGUUCAUCAGAGAAUACACACAGGGGAAAAACCUUAUGAAUGUAUUGAAUGUGGUAAAACUUUCAGCCACAAGUCAAGCCUUGGAACUCAUCAGAGAAUUCACACUGGGGAGAAACCAUAUGAGUGUAAUGAAUGUGGCAAAACCUUUAGCCUGAAGUCAAAUCUGAGAAUUCAUCAGAGAAUUCACACUGGGGAGAAACCAUACAAAUGUAAUGAAUGUGGCAAAGCCUUCAGCCAGAAGUCAGGUCUUGGAAGUCAUCAGAGAAUUCACAGAAGAGAGAAGCCCUAUAAAUGUGAUGAAUGUGGGAAAACUUUCAGAGAGAAAUUAAACCUUACGGAUCAUCAGAGAAUUCACACAGGGGAGAAACCCUAUGGGUGUAAUAAAUGUGGUAAAACUUUCAGCCGUAAAUCGAGCAUUGUAACACAUCAGACAACUCAUGCAGAGGAGAAACCCUAUAAAUGUGAUGAAUGUGGGAAAACUUUCAGGCAAAAGUCAAACUUUAACAUACAUCAGAGAAUUCACACAGGGGAGAGACCUUAUGAAUGUAAUGAGUGUGAGAUGGCUUUUACAUCCAUGUCCUACCUUAGAAUGCAUCAGAGAUUUCACACAGGGGAGAAUCUCUAUGAAUGUAAUGAAUGUGGAAAAACUUUCACACGGAAAUCAAUCCUUGGAAUACAUCAGAGAAGUCACACAGGAGAGAAGCCCUAUAAAUGUGAUGAAUGUGGGAAAAUGUUCAGCCAAAAAUCAAACCUUGGAAUACAUCAGAGAAUUCACAAAGGUGAGAGACCCUAUGAAUAUAAUGAACGUAGUCAUGCGUUUAUCUACCUACCAUACUUGAGAACUCAUCAGAGAAUUCACACAGUGGAAAGUACCCAUAUAUGUACUGAGUGUGGUAAAACUUUUAGUCGAAAGAAAAGACUUGGAAAGCAUCAGAAAACUCACUCAGAGAAUAAGCACAAUAAAUGCAUUGAAUGUGAAUUUGGCAUUCAUCAACUAUUCUCUCCUCUAGAAAUGGCAGAAAAUGUAUGAAGUAUACAUACCCUAUUAAUGUGGGGAAAUUUUCAGUUAUGGAAACCUAUGAAAUAAACAAGUGGGUUUUU